UAGAAAGAUAGAAAGAAAGAAAGAGUGGAAGAGAAGUAUAGGGGCCUAGGGCACAGAAUCGAACCGCCGUUGGGUUGGCUCCACAGUAACUCUGGUAGCUCUGUCCGAGUGGUAGUGACCGACCGUGGAUGUCCGUCCGUCAUAUUCCCGGUUUGAAAGCAAGGUUGCGGGUAGUUGUUGCGACGCAGGAAAGAGAAGGUGCAGUGAGAGAGAGCUGGUGUUAAGGAAAUUUAUUAAAGAGAAGAGGAUCUACCGGUCAUGGAAAAGCGGAUUCAUCUUGAGAAGCGGGGCAGAAAACCUGCCGACAUCAAAGAUUUGGUAUUGGACAAUUGUCGAAGUACACUUAUUGCUGGCCUGACUGAUGAAUUUGUCGCUUUAGAAGUAUUGAGUCUUAUCAAUGUGGGUCUUACUAGCCUAAAAGGUUUUCCAAAGUUACCCAAUUUAAAAAAGCUGGAAUUAAGCGACAACAGGAUUUCUGGAGGUUUAAAUCUUUUGCAUCAGAGUCCCCAAAUAAAUCAUCUUAAUCUUAGUGGGAAUAAAAUCAAAGAUAUUGACACCAUUCAACCAUUGAAGGAAUUCAAGAAUUUGAAAUAUUUAGAUCUCUUUAACAAUGAAGUAACAAAUGUUGAUAAUUACAAAGAGAAAAUCUUUAGUCUUUUACCGAAUCUACGAUAUUUAGAUGGUUUCGACAAGGAUGACUAUGAAGUUGAAGACACAGACGAUGACGAAGUUAAUGGUAACGAAGAUGGAGAUGGAGAGGUGAAUGAAGAAGAUAGUGAGGAUGUUUCCGACGAAGAAGAAGACGGUUAUUUGAAAGGUUUAGCUGCAGUCUAUCAGAAUAACCUUGAGGACGAAAGCGACGAGGAAGAUUACGUGGGUGAAGAGGAAGAGGAAGAGGGAGAGGAGGAGGAGGAGGAGGUAGAUGAUUAUGAUUAUAAUAUAUUUGAACUUGAACAAGGUAAGGAACAAGAAGCAGCUUCUCAAGUUCGUGGAAAGAAAAGAAAACACGAAGACGGGGAGUCCGGGAACUAGAGAAUCCUAAGAAAAGAAGAACUGGCAUCUGAUAUUGCUUUUAAAUGAGUGUAAAAUUCUUAUAAAUAUUAACAAUAAUUACAACACAUGGUAAAGAGAAAGAGAGAGAGAGAGAGAGAGAGAGAGAGAGAAAGAGAGUAGAAGAAAAAAAAACACAGCUGGAAAUCAAACGUAAAAUUGACCGACCAAUGACAAAGAGAGAGAAAGAGAGAGACUACAGUUAUAGUAGUGGUGUGAUGAAUUUAUUGAUAAAUUAUUGACUGAAUAAUCAUUUUGUUUGUGAACAAAAAAUAA